AUGCUCUUGGUUCUUGUGGUUUCCAGCCAGUUCCCAAUGAGCGCAGAGUCAAUGAAUGACCUGCUUGUUUUUCUUAUAAUGUAUCUACGCACAGGCCAUAACAAUAGGCUAAAGAUAGUUAAUAAACUUUCUAUCUUAUUUGAUUCUGAUGUGGAUUUAGAAGAGAACCUCACAGACAAAAUACUGCAGGGUUUUAAUGGCGCACCAUCCACCGGCCAGUGCAGAGACCUUGGUUAUGCUCUUCUACUGAUUCAAAAGGAAAAAAGAGAUAAAAGUAAAAUACUUUUCUUUUCCUCAGGCAAUGCGUCACUCAACUUCAUAAAAUGCGCAUUUACUGCAAGAAAAUUAAACAUACACGUAGACUGUAUAAUACCAAAUGAUGGGUUUGUAUCACAAGUAUCAGAUGUUCUAAAAAGACCAGCAUUCUGCAUAUCCUCCGGAGAGUCUUUAUUUGAGUACUUAAUGGGAAUGCUUUCCAUAGACUUUGGCCGGAUCAGCAGAAAGAAUGUCCACAGAUUCUGCAUAUGCCAUAAUAAAGAAAUACAGACAGGGUAUCUCUGUCCAAUCUGCCUCGGUCUUUACUGUAAAUUUGUUCCUUUAUGUAAGCAUUGUAAGACAAGAUUCGUCUUUUAAUUUCUAGUUAUACAAUCAUGGCUUAAUACACUAAAAAUAGAAAUAAUACUGCUUGAAUGAUUUCUGGUAUUUUGAAUUAUCAGAACAUUCAGAAUGUGCACUGUCCU